UGAUGAUGACAGAAGAAAGCAGGGGCAAACGAAGGAAACAAGCCAACCCUAGGAGAAACCGAGUGGAUGCUGAGCAAGUGAGUUCACUGGGGUCUGAGGGGGAGGAUGAGGUGGGCCUGUGGAGCCUGGAGCCCCAGGACUGCCAGGAGAGCCUGGACAAGACGAGCCUGACGCCCAGCGAGGGGACGGAGGAGCCUGGCAGCCCUUCUCAGUCCACACGGCCGCAGAGCCUGAGCCCUGGCAGCAGGAACUACUGGGCGCAGGUGGAGCCAGAGACUGAGGUCACGGAAGACGGGACCGCUGUCUCCGCCACCGACAGAGAGGGAGAUCAGGAACCCAUGAGGAUGUACUGUAAGACCUCGGACUCCCAGAAUGCAUUUGAGGACCUGGCUCACUAUGAACUCCUGGCCCAGUUGAGGAAGGCCUCUACCUCUGCCAGUCUCUUGGACCAUCUGGCCCAUAAUGGUACGGCAGCCAUGUACCACCCCGGCAGCAGGCACGACGAGCUGCCACCCGCCAUCUGGUCACCAGGAGCUCAGCACCGCUCACCUGAAAGAGCAGAUGCAGGGAGGAGUCAGCAGGCCUGUCCGUUCUGUCACAGGAUGUACCAGCGAGGAGCCUCUCUGAGGGACCACAUCAAGUACUGUCAGGAAAGGGAGGGGGGCCACAUGGUUUGUCCGCUCUGUGGAUACACUGCCACCCUUAGGGCACAGAUGGAGCGGCACCUGGCACUUCACAACCAAGUGCAGGACAAGAAUGCCAUCUCUUUGGAUCAAGGCAUUGAGACCAGGAAGUUCAAAUGUCUGCAGUGUGGGAAAGCGUUCAAGUACAAACACCACCUCAAAGAGCAUCUUCGCAUCCACAGCGGUGAGAAACCUUAUGAGUGCUCCAACUGCAAGAAACGCUUCUCACACUCUGGCUCUUACAGCUCCCACUUAAGCAGCAAAAAGUGCCUCAGUGGUGGAGGAAAUGGAGGGGGAAGUACAGGAGGGACCAACGGCGCAUUUAAUGGACAUAGCCAAAGCUCCUACCAUCACUCAUUUCCAACAUCUCCCUCUGCAGGCGGGGGGAGAAACAGUAAUGACAAGGGCUGUUCAUUGACUUCACUUACCCAAGAUAAUGCCAGGCCAUUGCCUCACCAGCUUUCUCUGCAGGACCCCAACCAGAACCCCACAGGAUUCCCCAGAGCGUCAGACCUGGCUCGUCUUUGGGACCCGUCAGCAGAGUUCUCCAUGAGGAGCAGUAUCCUAAAAGGGACCACCCUACUGCCAUAUCUCCACUCUGGGACAUUUGAGCAGAUGCUGCAGGAGAUGCUUCACAGGGAGGUGAAGAAAGAUGAGGAAAUUGAUAGAGCAGGAGGAUCCGCAAUGGAAGAAAGGAGGGUGAUUUACAAUGGUGGAGGGCCUGACAGGAAGGUGUCAACUGACGGGAGUGCUAGAAGUGAGACAGUGAGGUCAGGAGAAGGGGAGAGGGGUGUGCUUGGAGUGCCAUGUCGCUGGUGCUCACAACUUUUCCCCAACGUGGCGGUGCUCCUGCAGCACGAACGCUACCUCUGUAAGAUUAACCGCGAGGCAGUGGAAGUGCCUGCGGGUCUUCGGAGCAAAGACCACCCAUCGCCACCUUUAUUCUUCCCUAGAUCUUCUCUGCAGCCUGAGAACAGCAAACCAAGUGAGGUACCUAACGGUCUCCCUGGAAACAAAUCACCAUUACAGAAGACUCACUGGCAGUCUGUACCACAGCAGUUGUUGGUCGCAGUGCACUCUCCUCCUCAGCCUUGCCACGACCCUCUGUCCUCACGGACGUACUGGUCCAGCCAGGAAAAGGGCAGCCCCAGCCAGGCCAUUAACCAUUCCUCAGAGCUGUCAUCACCUCGAGCCAGAAGAAGAGUUCCAUCCUCAGGAUUUGGUUCUCCUGUCUGUCUCGACCUCACUAGUUGUCCUCCUGAACUCUCCUCGCCUCAGAACCAGAUCGGCAGCCCCUGGUCUGCACAGAACGAACCUCUGGACCUCUCACUGCCCAAGUUGAUCACAGACCAAGAGGCUAAACACAAAACUGUCAACGGCAACUUGGCCAGAGCAGAGAGGAGAGAGCUCGGGACCCAGCAGCUUCGUCAACUGAGUCCAACCCAACCCAAUCUACCCCUUCAUCAUCACCCGAUGUACGGCAGGCCUGGAGCUCCUUUGUUUCCAGGCUCUUUAUACAAUGGAUUUCCCAUCUUCAACCAGUCUGGUUUAGGGCUUUCAGGGCAUGACAGCAUCACAUCUAUUCCAUUCAGCCAGCCAGCAAACAGCCCUGGAUUUCUCUCUCCGAUGGCAUUCAUGAUGGAUACAGACCCAGAGGCUGCACUGAAAAAGAUCCACCAGGAAAGACAAGCUCUCAUUGGUGAGGUGUUACACCGUGGAGCUCUGGACUACCUCUCUCUGAUGGAUGAAGGGCUGGACGGAGAUGGUGGGCCAGGGAGGAAGAGACUGAAGAAGACAGAUGAGGGGCUCUACGCUUGUGACAUUUGUGAAAAAACCUUCCAGAAGAGCAGCUCUCUGCUCCGACACAAAUACGAGCACACAGGCAAGCGUCCUCAUGAGUGCAAAAUUUGCAACAAGGCCUUCAAACAUAAGCACCAUCUUAUCGAGCACAGCCGGCUGCACUCUGGAGAGAAACCCUACCAAUGUGACAAGUGCGGCAAGCGCUUCUCUCACUCCGGCUCUUACUCCCAGCACAUGAACCACCGCUACGCUUACUGCAGCAAAGACCAGGAUCCAGACCAAGACCAUGAGGACAUGCCUCUCACCCCAGGGGCAGGCAUCAACCUCGGAAGCCGUCUGGCUCUAGAGACCCCUCUGUCCAUGGAGGACACUCAAACCCCACACUCUUUCCUCAGCGACUGCAGUCUGGAUGGACCUCCAGAGGUCCUCAAAGAGGAGGAGGAAGAUGAGGAAGAUAAAGAGGCAGGAGGUCAUGGUCAUAUGGAAGAGGCAAAUGUGAGUUUGUUAGGGGAGCAGGUGAAAGGUGACCCCAACCAAGAAUUACAGAGAGAAGAGAGCAGAGAGCAAAGUGAAAGAAACAGUUGUGAUGUAGGGCACCAUAUUGACAUUUCAGAGAGCCUCUGGGACCGAGACACUGAGGACCAGAAUGGAGACUUGGACAAAUGUGAACUGAGCCUGGAUAUAACAGAUUUACCCAGAAUAAAAACUUAG